AAAAUCUCUUUCUCUUUAUAGCCUUCAAGUUUCAGCUCCCCUUCUGAGCUCUGCAGAGCAGUUCGUUAUAUAACGGUUUCUUUUCCACUUCCCAUUUUGCCAUCCUCCCUUUUCUCAAUGCUAUUCAUUUCCUUCUCUUCAUAACCAGCAACAGAUCUUCCAUUUUCUGCAACAAAAUCCUGUGAAAAAAUGAUCACCUGGCACGAUCUUUACACCGUCUUGACGGCCGUGAUUCCCCUCUACGUCGCCAUGAUUUUGGCCUACGGUUCCGUCCGCUGGUGGAAGAUUUUUUCGCCUGACCAAUGUUCCGGCAUCAACCGUUUCGUCGCCAUCUUCGCCGUCCCUCUUCUGUCCUUCCAUUUCAUCUCUACUAACAAUCCUUACGCCAUGAACUUCCGUUUCAUCGCCGCCGACACGUUGCAAAAAAUCAUCAUGCUGUUCGUGCUAGGGAUUUGGACUAAUUUCACUAAAAACGGCAGUCUUGAUUGGAUGAUUACGAUUUUUUCUCUUUCGACUUUGCCAAACACUCUGGUUAUGGGGAUUCCUCUACUCAUCGCCAUGUACGGCGACUACUCCGGCAGUCUCAUGGUGCAAAUCGUGGUGUUACAGUGCAUUAUCUGGUACACUCUCCUGCUGUUUCUCUUCGAGUACCGCGGCGCCAAGAUGCUGAUCACGGAGCAGUUUCCGGAGACCGCCGCGUCGAUUGUCUCGUUCAAAGUGGACUCCGAUGUGGUCUCACUCGACGGGAGGGAUUUCCUAGAGACUGAUGCUGAAAUUGGCGACGACGGAAGGCUUCAUGUUACAGUGAGAAAAUCGAAUGCUUCUAGAAGAUCUUUAGGGCCCUGUUCACUUCCGGCAUUGACUCCUCGGCCUUCAAAUCUCACUGGAGCCGAAAUUUACAGCUUGAGUUCGUCGAGAAACCCGACUCCGAGAGGCUCCAAUUUUAACCAUGCCGAUUUUUACAACAUGAUGGGCGUCCAAGGAUUUCCAGGCGGAAGACUUUCAAAUUUUGGCCCGGCGGAUUUAUACUCUGUGCAAUCCUCCAGAGGACCCACUCCAAGACCUUCAAAUUUUGAAGAAAAUUCUGGACAAACAAUUUCUUCUCCGAGAUUCGGAUUUUAUCCUGCUCAAACUGUACCCACUUCAUACCCGGCUCCGAAUCCUGAGUUCUCGAACACCAUUUCUAAAGCUGCAAAAAAUGUGCAGAAUCAGAAUCAGAAUCAGCAGCAACAGCAGCAAGUGAAUUUGAACAGUAAAACAAACCAUGACGCUAAAGAGCUUCACAUGUUUGUGUGGAGCUCCAGCGCCUCCCCCGUCUCUGAAGGCGCCGGCGGGUUGCAUGUUUUCGGUGGAACGGAUUUCGGAGCGUCGGAACAGUCUGGCCGCUCCGAUCAAGGAGCUAAAGAGAUCAGGAUGUUGGUCACAGACCACCCUCAGAAUGGUGAACACAAAGCUACUCCGCAAACUGGGGAUUUCGGUGGGGGAGAUUUCAGCUUUGCAGGAGAAGAAGAGAGGGAGAAAGAAGGACAAGCAGGCACAGGAUUUAACAAACUGGGGUCUAGUUCAACAGCUGAGUUGCACCCAAAAGCUGCUGCCGGAGCUGCGGAUUCCAGUGCCGGAAAAAUGAUGCCUCCGGCGAGUGUUAUGACCCGUUUGAUCUUGAUCAUGGUUUGGCGCAAACUUAUCCGUAAUCCCAACACAUACUCCAGUCUAAUUGGAUUGGUGUGGUCUCUGGUUGCUUUCAGGUGGCAUGUGUCAAUGCCGAAAAUAAUAGAGAAGUCAAUCUCAAUUCUGUCGGAUGCCGGUCUCGGAAUGGCCAUGUUCAGCUUAGGUCUGUUCAUGGCUCUCCAACCUAAAAUCAUCGCUUGCGGCAACUCGAUUGCAACAUUUGCCAUGGCCGUUAGGUUUCUCACCGGUCCAGCUGUCAUGGCUGCCGCUUCCAUUGCCAUUGGCCUCCGCGGUACCCUCCUUCACAUUGCAAUCGUUCAGGCUGCAUUGCCUCAAGGGAUUGUCCCAUUUGUGUUCGCAAAAGAGUACAAUGUGCAUCCGACAAUUCUUAGUACCGCGGUUAUAUUCGGGAUGUUGAUAGCAUUACCAAUUACUCUAGUCUACUACAUCAUUUUGGGGUUGUAAAAUAAAUUUUUCGUAAUAGAAGGUAGAAUUUGAAUUCGAAGAGGAGAGGAAGGAUAAGAAGGGCAUUUUCAUGGCUUGGAGAAAGCAUUGAUUGGCUGGCUAGAAAAUCAACCGGGCUAUGUUGAAACCACAUGAAGAUUUUCCUGGAAAAUGCAAGAAUGAAGAAUUAAUUAAGCUCCAAAGUAAUUGGAGCUUAAUUAUAAUGAUAAUGGAUUAGACUAAUAAAUUAAAGCCUUGAUAUGAGGAUGAUGCCGCCCAUUAGAAGCCAAAAUUGUGUCCAAUUUUCAAGAGUUUACUUUUUAGAGGAAGAAAGCAACAAGGAGACAAUUAAGAGGGAAAAGGGAAAAUUAAAUAAUUAAUUAUGAUUAAAUAUUAUUUAAUUUCUCUUAAGCCCUCAAUAUGGAUGCAAAGGAGGGUUGAUUUUCUUCAAAAUUCAUGAAUCUUUGCCAUUACUAAGCGACAGAGGAAAGGAUUAUUGAAAUUAAGGGAAGACGGUUUUUGUUUUUUGCUUUUGUUAUUAGUGUUGGCCUUUGACUGUCCUUAGAUCUAGCAAUUAUUUGAGUUUGCUGUUUUGCUUUCAAUUUGUAAUAUUUAUAGAAAUUCAACUUGUCAAUACAAAGACGUAUUUUUGUAAA